AUGGAUAACCAAAGUUGCCGUAAAUUAAUACAAUUAUAUGGUUCAAAAGAUCUGCUGUGGAAUACUAAAAAUCGUUUUUAUCAUAAGAAAGCGCUCAGAGAAGAUGCAUGGAGAGAAAUAAGCGCUGAAAUGGGAGUAUCAGUGCCAGAAUUGAAGAAAAAAAUGACCGUACUCUUGUCAUCGUACAGGAGAGAAAAAUGGAGAAUAUCUAAAAGCCAAAUUACCGGAUCUGGUCGAAAUAGUAUUUAUGUAUCAAAAUGGUUUGGUUUUGACGAUUUCAGUUUCAUGCAAGACAAGCUUACACCCAAUGAUACAACAGACACUAUGCAGAAACCUGCAUCAUAUAAUGAUGGCGAAUAUUCACAAAAAACUUCACAAAUAAAAAAGGAAGAAUAUUUUCCAGAGUGUUCUAUUAAUACCAACGAAAAAGUUCCAGAAAAACCUGCCAAGAACCCAAAAAAAAGAAAACAUCAUGAAGAGGAAAAUAAAGUGUUGACAGAAGAAUUUAAAAUUCUUAGUGAAACGUCUCAAGCUACUGAUCCAUAUUUCAGUUAUGGCCAGCACAUAGCAAAUGAAUUAAGAAAAUAUGAUAACCGCACUUUGAUAUUUGUCAAACAGGCAAUAAAUAAUAUCAUUUUUGAGGCCGAUUUAGGCAAGUACGCCUCCAAUGUACGCAACACAACAAGAUACUCAAAAUUCUUCAACACCAAAUUUAAGCGUUAA